AUGACUAAGGAGUCUGCCGCUGAAUUGGAACAACUUUACACCAAUAUAACGCAAAUUUACCGCACACUUGAAACUUUGGGAAGACCCGUCCAAACGUGGGAUGAUAUCUUUGUUUUCAUCGCUGUGCAACGUCUUGAUGCUGAGUCAGUUAAAACAUGGGAACAUCUUUUAGGCUCGUCAAAGGAGCCCCCGACGUGGAGUCAAUUUAUCGAAUUCUUACUCUCCCGCUUACUUUCGCUACAAGCCUUUGAGAAAUCUCGUGCAGGAAAAUCGUCAAAUAUAACACCUUCCACUUCUGGUAAAUCUCACUUUCAAAGCCAAGCAAGGGAAGCUCAAGCGGCCAAAGGUACUUCCUGCAUUUUGUGUUCGGCAUCUCAUUAUAUAGCAAGCUGCCCUCAAUAUCACUCGAAAUCAUUACAACAGAGGCAGACUUUGGUUCAAAAGAAUAAACUCUGUUAUAAUUGUCUCGGACAUCAUAAAGUAUCUGCUUGCCGGACAACCAAACGCUGUCUAAAAUGUGGACAAAGGCACCAUACCACGCUUCAUCAGAAACCUCACUCUAAUGCAAAACCAUUCUCAGAACCAUCAACAUCGGAAAAUUCCUCGGAAGCCAAGAAACCAGACAGUCACGCUCUUCAUUCCUCCGUGAACCAGUGUUCCGUCAACUCUAACAUUUUACUAGCAACCGCUCAAGUAUUGGUUGUUACGAAUGAAGGAGACAACGUUCAAGCAAGAAUAUUGAUUGAUCAGGGCUCUGAGCUUACACUGAUUUCAGAACACCUGGUGCAAUUGCUUCAUCUACCCAGAAGGAAUUCUUUCAUAUCUUUGAUCGGAGUCGGAGGAAAAAGAUCAAAUCGAACUAAAGGUUUCACGUCUUUCAAAGUUAAAUCGCGCUUUGACUCUACUACUGAAAUUACCAUGUCCGCGCACAUUUUAGCAAGACUGACUUCCUCACUUCCUUCAGCUCAAGUUCCAGUUCAGAAUUGGCCGCAUUUAAAGGGAUUGACCUUAGCUGAUCAUUGUUUUAUGAAUCCAGGUCCCGUUGAUAUAAUCAUCGGAGCCGAUUUCUACUCUCAAAUUAUAGAAGAUGGACUCAUCAAAGGAGACGCUACCUCACCUAUCGCUCAACGCACCAAGUUCGGAUGGAUUCUUUCUAGCCCCACAAACCUUAACAGCGAUACAGCUUUGUCGCAGAGCUAUCACAUCUCUGUCGAUAAAGAUCUGUAUGAUCUUCUACAACAAUUUUGGAAAGUUGAAGAAAUAAUCCCUUCUAAUACAUCACAACUGUCAGUUGAUGAGCAACAAUGCGAGCAUCAUUACCAAGAAACUCACUCUCGAGAUGAAGAAGGACGAUAUAUGGUUAGACUUCCUUUCAAACGUUCUCCGAACGAACUAGGAAAUUCUCGUUUAAGAGCACUUCGCAUAAUGUAUAGUCUAUCCAAGAAAUUCGCUGAUGAUCCUUCUUAUGCAAAAGCUUAUUCCGAUUUUAUGAGUGAAUAUCAUAAACUUGAUCACAUGAGGCUAGUACCUGAUCAUCAAUCGGAACCGGAGUUAGCUUACUAUCUUCCUCAUCAUGGGGUUCUUCGAGAAACCAGUAUGACCACAAGAUUGAGAGUUGUUUUUAAUGGAUCAAAUAAAACUACAUCCGAUAUUUCCCUUAAUGAUAUUCUAUAUACCGGAGCAAAGCUUCAGACUGAUGUCUUUAACGUUCUAAUUUGGUUCAGAAAAUUUUUAUACGUUUUCUCCACUGAUAUGGAAAAAAUGUAUCGACAAAUUAAACUUCACAAAGAUGACUGGACAUUUCAAUGGAUUUUAUGGCUCAAUCGGGACGGGGAUGUCGAAACCUAUCAAUUGACAACCGUAACUUACGGGCUCGCCUGUGCCCCCUUUCUGGCCUUACGGACUCUCGCACAGCUAAUAGAAGAUGAAGGAGAUACCUUUCCUCUCGCUGUUCCAUCUCUCAAGCAAGGAAGAUACGUCGAUGACAUUUUCGGAGGUGCGGACACGAUCCCUCAAGUCAAAGAAAUCGUACGUCAAGUAAAUUCCUUGUGCAUGGCGGGAGGCUUCUCUCUCCAAAAAUGGAUAAGUAAUGAGCCAGCGAUUCUCGAAAGCAUCCCCUCUGCAAGUCAAGCAAAUUCUCCCUUCAUCCAAUUCAAUCAAUCCACCACCGUUCAAGUGUUGGGCCUUCAAUGGAAUCCGAAAACCGACUCUUUCCAUUACUCAGUUGUUACAUCUAUUCCAACUAGCAUUUCAAAACGAGAUCCAGCCCCGAUCGUGCGCCAACCACGGCGUCUGACGGGCUAA